UCAACGUUUACCAAACCCCCUCUUGACGUCUAACUUUUUUCACUUUCCUAAAACCCUCCGAAACUCUCAAAAUCAUCACAUUGUUAUCCUUUUAAAAGCCCUCAUUUUAAGCAAAUUCUCAUUUUAAACGUUUCUUCUUAAAAUUGCUAAAUUUUCCUAAGUUUCUGUGUCUUUUCCUUUAAUCAAAAGUUCAAUUUUUUUUUCCUUCCCUUUUCUGAUUGUUUUCAAAAUUAUUUACCUCUGAUUCAAAAAUUGUAGUGAAGCAAUAAGUUUGGAGGCUACCCUUUUGCCGAUUUUGGAUUCUUGAAAAGGCUUUAGUUUGAAGCAAUAGGUUUUGCUAAUACCUUUUGCUAAAUUUUGAAUCAUGAAAUAAAAAGCUUUAGUCUUUUUUGAUUCUUUUAAGCUUCUGAAGCUGCAUUAUUUAUUCUUUACUGUUUUAAAGUCAAAUUCAUGUUUCAGUAGGCUUGUUAAGUAGAGUGAUUGUAGAUCUUCAAAGGGGUUUUAAGCAAAUUAGUUGUUGGAUGAAUCCUGAUCUAGAAAUGGAACCGGUAAGAUUCCCAUUGGGUAAGCAAUCGUCCCUUGCACCGGAAAAGGGGGUUGAGGUGGCAGUGGAAAUUGAGAGUGAAGAUGGAGAAGAAGGUGGUGUUGUAGAUAUUGAUCCAAAGAUCAGGUUGAUGUAUUCAGCUAAUGAGGGUGAUAUAGAGGGGAUCAAGGAGCUUUUGGAGUUAGGGACUAAUGUAAACUUUCGAGACAUCGAUGAGAGGACUGCACUGCAUGUUGCUGCUUGCCAAGGUUACAGUGAUGUUGUGAAGCUGUUGCUCGAUAAUGGGGCUGAAAUUGAUCCCAAAGAUCGAUGGGGAAGCACGCCUCUUGGAGAUGCAAUACAUUAUAAAAAUCAUCAUGUGAUCAAGUUACUGGAGGAACAUGGUGCCAAACCUCCUAUGGCACCCAUGCAUGUCAAUAAUUCACGUGAAGUUCCAGAAUAUGAGAUUGAUGCUAAAGAACUUGAUUUCACAAACAGCGUUGAAUUACCAAGCUGCUCAGUUGCUAGGGAUAAGUUGAUCUUCUUCAUUGUUUCUUUCAUUAGAAAUCGUCUGAUUGAUGUGGGAACGUUCCAUAUUGCCUCAUGGCGUGGAAUACAAGUUGCUGUUAAAAAGUUCGGAGAGGAUGUGAUUGCUGAUGAGGAUAAAGUGACGGCAUUUAGAGACGAACUUGCACUGCUCCAGAAGAUAAGACAUCCAAACGUCGUCCAAUUUCUUGGUGCUGUAACACAAAGUAGCCCGAUGAUGAUAGUGACGGAAUACUUACCAAAAGGUGAUCUCCAUGCAUAUUUGACGAAAGAAGGACCUCUUAGACCAACCAAAGCUAUCAGAUUUGCAAUGGACAUCGCAAGGGGACUGAACUAUCUACAUGAAAUUAGACCUGAAGCAAUUAUUCAUCGUGACCUAGAGCCUUCAAAUAUUUUACGGGAUGAUACUGGACAUCUGAAAGUUGCUGAUUUUGGAGUCAGCAAGCUACUGAAAGUUACCAACAGGGUCAAAGAAGAUAAGCCUCUGACAUGUGAUAACACUUCUUGUCGAUAUGUAGCUCCGGAGGUUUUCAAAAAUGAGGAAUAUGACACCAAAGUUGAUGUCUUUUCCUUUGCUUUAAUUUUGCAAGAGAUGAUUGAAGGCUGCCCUCCUUUCCAUGCGAAGAUAGAAAAUGAAGUAGCUAAAUGCUAUGCUGCCAAGGAACGUCCUCCUUUUAAAGCUCCAGGGAAGUUUUAUGCCCAUGGACUGAGAGAGCUGAUUGAAGAGUGUUGGAAUGAGAAGCCGGCCCUGCGUCCAACUUUCAAGCAAAUUAUCCCAAGGCUUGAGUCUAUCUACAACAAAUUUGGCCACAAAAGGCGUUGGAAGGUUAGACCAUUGAAAUGUUUUCAAAAUUUCGAGGCCAUGUGGAAGAAGGAUCACUCAAGUUUAAGUAGCCGGAAUGGCGGCUCAUCUCGAUCAAACAGCAGCAUCUAGCAAAUUGUGGAUAUUUCCUUAGUUCAAGUGUGCAUAAGUUUCCUUCUCAGAUUCUGAUAAAGAUUCAGUAGUAGGAAGUUGUAUCACUAUUUCUAGUUUUAAGUCAAUCUCUCCCUGUCAUUGAGGAUGUCCAAAACAAAUGGUCAUCCUUUUUUGCUUUACCUCUUUCUAUUGUUAUCUAUAUUGUUUAUGUACAUUAUAUUUAAUCACAGUGUGUUCAUUGUGCAAAUUC